AAUAUUUUAAAUGUAGGACCAGGAGGGUGCAAGAUGGCGGAUUUGUCGUUGGUGCAGGAGGAGCUGCAGGAGGAUCUGGACGGAUUUGGUGUGGAUGACUACAGCUCAGAGUCUGAUGUCCUUAUUAUACCUUCAGCCUUGGAUUUUGUUUCUCAAGACGAGAUGCUAACACCGUUGGGCCGACUGGAUAAGUACAUUGCUAGUGAGAACACGUUUAACAGACAAAUGGUAGCACGAGGUUUGCUCGAUACGCUGCGGGCAGUCAGCGACGAUGAAAAAGACUGCCUAGCAGUGCUGGAGAGAAUAAACAAGUUAGCAGAAGAUCCAGAACCAACAGUCCGUGCAGAAUUAAUGGAACAGGUACCUCAUAUUGCCAUAUUCUGCCAAGAGAAUAGACCUUGUAUUCCUUAUGCUUUCUCCAAAUACCUGUUGCCCUUUAUGGUUAGAUGCCUUGCAGACCCUAACAACCAGGUGAGGAAGACCAGCCAGGCAGCACUGCUGGUGGUGUUAGAACAAGAAAUAAUCGAAAGAUAUGAUGUGGAAACUAAAGUAUGUCCUGUUCUCUUGGAUUUAACUGCACCUGAAAGCAAUGAUGAUCUGAAAACAGAAGCUGUAGCAAUAAUGUGUAAAAUGGCUCCCAUGGUCGGAAAGGCAAUCACAGAAAAAUAUAUACUGCACCGGUUCUGUGAGAUGUGCUGUGACUGCCGGAUGUUCCACGUUCGUAAGGUCUGUGCUGCCAAUAUUGGCGAUAUAUCUAGUGUUGUUGGUCGUGAGGCCACUGAAAGGUUGCUGUUACCAAGGUUUUUCCAGCUCUGCUCUGAUAAUGUAUGGGGAGUGCGGAAAGCAUGUGCUGAAUGCUUUAUGGACGUUUCUUGUGCAACAUCUCAAGAAAUUCGAAGAACGAAACUAUCUUCACUCUUCAUUAAUCUGAUCAGCGACCCUUCACGAUGGGUUCGUCAAGCUGCCUUUCAAUCAUUAGGGCCUUUCAUCUCGACCUUUGCCAGCUGUUCAGGUGCUGGCCAUUACUUCAAAGAGGAAAAUGUGCUUUCUUCCAAGAAUGUGUUGGAGAACCAAGGAACAGAAAACAAUAACAACAGUGCAAAAUGUGCAGCAGAACCAACAAAAGUUGCAGAUGGAACCAAGGAUAAUCUUGAAACAGAAGAAAAAACGCCCGGUUUUAACUGUAGUACUGUGGGAUCAGUAAAUGCAGCUACUGAACUCUAUUCAAAAAAUGAGUAUAAGACUGACAGCAAAUGUAGUAGUGAUGCCAGUCAUUCCCAGGCAACGUCAUUGCAGUUGCAUUCUGAUUCUCCUGUAUGUACUAAAUCUGAAGGAAACAGAGGUCUCAAUGUAAGUGAGUUGCCAAAUUUGGACUCUGCAGAUCCAAGUCCAUCUUCAAAAGAAUCUGGGUCCAGUUCAGAAAAGACUGCCAUUCCAGAGGACAUGUUUAACUCAUUCCAUUAUUGGAGGACUCCUAUCCCUACUAUAGAUCUUGAUUUGGAACUAGAGCUGCCACAAUGUUCAAAUAAGCAAAAAAGUAAAGAAUUAAUGCAAGAAGAAGCACUAACAGACUGUCCAGGUUUCAGCACAGCUACUAGAACGGAACUGGAAGAGAUGCUGGAAAACUUAGAGCCGCACAUAGAUGACCCUGAUGUAAAAGCACAAGUGGAUGUUCUAACUGCUGCCCUCAGAGCUUCCACUCUUGACUUUGAGGAAGGAAGAUCUUUGGAACCACUAUGUAACCGAACCAAGUCUCAAGCCGAUCCUAUGAAAGUUGAUCCUGUCAAUGUUGGCCAAGACCAUGUGCCUUUAACUGCUGAAAUUUCAGCCCCUGUUGAGGAAGACUGUGUCAGUGAUACAGUGUACAGCACCAAUCAAGCAUUGGAUGCAUCUCCCUUUUCAGCAAUGGUAUCAGAUGACCGGGUAUUCACUUAUUUUGAGACGAACUUGGAAGGUAGGCUUCAGUUUAUCCAAGAGAAUUCCUGUCGGAGACAAAACAGUUUUGAGGAUGAUAAAAAAUCUAAAAUUCAGGAUGUCGUCCCUCAAGCAUUGCUGGAUCAAUAUCUUUCAAUGACUGAUCCUUCACGUGCCCAGACAGUUGAUACAGAGCUAGCAAAGCAUUGUGCUUACAGUCUCCCCGGUGUUGCAUUCACUUUGGGUAGGCAAAACUGGCACUGUCUGAAAAAUACAUAUGAAAUACUGGCCUCAGAUAUGCAGUGGAAGGUUCGAAGGACUCUUGCGUUCUCCAUUCAUGAGCUGGCAGUCAUUCUUGGAGACCAGCUGACAGCAGCAGAUCUAGUUCCAGUUUUUAAUGGAUUUUUAAAGGAUCUUGAUGAAGUACGGAUAGGAGUCCUGAAACACUUGUAUGACUUCAUGAAGUUACUCCAAGCAGAAAAGAGAAGGGAGUACCUCCCUCAGCUCCAAGAAUUUAUGGUAACAGAUAACAGCAGGAAUUGGCGCUUUAGAGCUGAACUUUCUGAGCAAUUGAUUUUGCUGCUGGAACUGUACAAUCCUAAGGAUGUGUAUGACUACCUACGACCCAUAUCACUCAGCCUCUGCGCCGAUAAAGUUUCUUCAGUCCGCUGGAUUGCCUACCGAUUGGUCGGUGAGAUGAUUAGAAAAUUCUAUGCAUCUGCUACUCCUGCAUUAGCCGUUGACCUCAUUCAUGAACUUGUUGAUAAGUUCUGCCAUUCUGUGAAGUGGUCAGGUCGUCAAGCCUUUGUUUUUGUCUGCCAGGCUGUGCUUGAAGAUGAUUGUAUUCCUGUGGAACAGUUUACUGAGCACUUGAUGCCACACUUACUACAGUUAGCAUCUGAUCCUGUUCCAAAUGUCAGAGUGUUAUUAGCAAAAACUUUGAGACAAACUCUGUUGGAAAAAGAAUAUUUUGUGAACUCAGGCAGUUCUCACCAGGAGGCCAUAGAGCAAAUCGCUGUGGUACUGCAGGCUGAUCGAGACCGGGAUGUCCGAUACUUUGCUAGCAUAUACCCCAGCAGUACAAAGCUUGGCGAUGAUUCCAUGAGUACUGCUUCUUCCACUUAUUAAAACAGGCUGUUGUUUCAUGCACCAUUGGACUGAUCAAACCAAGUCACUGAUGAGUGCAUUAAUCAUGUGUAUCAGCUGGAAUGUACUGGGUGAGUGCUCUAGAAUACGGCGAGAUAUCUGUUCUCUACACUGAACGAUGGCAUUCAAUGAUUGUGGUGGCCUGCCUUGUGGCUCUUGAUUACACUGAGAUUCAUUUAGACUAUAACUAGUCGUGUGGCCGUGACUUAGUUUUCAUACCUUGACCACUGAAAAAUUCUCAGCGAAUUUUACCACCGAAGCCUUAAACUCCUGUAUUCUUAAAGCUAACAAACUUGAACACCUGGAGCCGCCUUAAUGGAGGAGGGAUUGCCAUUUCAAACCUGAUCAUUCCUUCCAGAAAAGUUAUUAGAAUGUUACUGACAAUUCUUGUCUAUAAACAACAUUUAAUUACGUUUGCAAAGAAUAAGAUCUAGACAAGUUAAUGUGUACUUGUUAAUACUGUACAAGGACUUUCAUGUACUCAUUCUGAAAAGUUCUUCUCAACUGUGCUAGUUAUGUCAAGGGUAUCUUUACCUAAAUGGAUUAGUUAUACCUCAUUUAGUUCGAACACAGACAGUGGGAUUGUAAUGUGGUCUUGAAGCUUGACCAUUCAUACUACAGCAAAUUUCAGUCUCGCGGGUAUGAGAAAAUGGCUGCCAAUGUUCUGCUUUGACUCACUUCCUUACCCACCUCAUUCAUCCUUACUAAUGGUUUUUGUUCUAACUAUAUUGCACAGGAAUUGACGGAAUUAUAGAGGAGAAAGGGCAACAAAAUGCAUACGUAAUAUAUACUUAAUGCUUUUGAGUACUUUUUUUGUUAACAAAUUCCUCAAUGUUGGGCAGAAGUGAAAACACAUGCAAGGGUUAAUGGUGGCUGUUAGUAGAUGUGUGCAGACCUUGCCAAAUUGAUCUAGAAUUUAUACCUCAGUGAGGUAGAGCUGACUGAACUCAAAGUAUGAAAUCUUGCACUAUCUGGUGUGCAAAUAACUUUACAUCUAUAUAAACUUAUACAUCUGACUCCACUUUUAAAUCACACAAGGCACCUUUUAUUUCUCAUGUACUCUACCUAUGAUAACAAUCACCCACCAUCUUGCUAGGUGAGGGGAAUAGAGACACAGAAAGCAUGCUGGAUAAUCACCGUGGGAAUAACGUUCUCGCAAAGAUCUUUGCAAUGUGAGGACAUUUCAAUCCAUCUAUAAAAACUCAGCCUUCUAAGUUAACAAUCCUACCAUUUUCUUCAAGCUGAUGGUCUUUGUGCCUUAGUGGCAGCCAGUGAAGUCUCUCUGUUGAUUGAGUUCUUUGGUCCAUGAUUAAUUAAUGUCAGCUCAGUUUUGACAUCUGUAAUGAAUGGUUUCCAGUAAUUAGUGUACAUGUCAUCUGUCUUCCACUUUUGUGACUCUUUUCCAAGUAAUAGGCCGGUUCUAAAUUUUAAAUGUAACAAAGCUAUCUCAUUCAUAUGGUAUCCUGGAUACAAUAACUAAAUGACAUGAGAGAUUCCCAUUAGUCCAGGAGGAGAGACCGUUGGUUAAACAAGUUUCUGCAGAAUUUUGGCACAUUAUUCAGUGAUUUUUGUAGUAACAAAUGCUUUGAAAUGGAGUUUGUGUUCUAUUUCUACACUGGCUGCUCCAUGAACUAUCAUGAGAAUUCUCUAGUGUCCACCUGAAGGAUAGAUGUUUCUUGCUUUAAACCCCAUUUGAGGAAUAACCCUUCUAACCUCUCCAUCUGUAACAGGGUAAAUGAUUGAUUGUAAUCUGAGACUGCUGUUGCAGAUCAGCCUACAUUGGUAAGUCUUCAGAAUCCAUCUCCAGUUCUGGCGCUAGUUUACUUUGUGUUUGGAGAUUGAAUGACUAUAAAAGACAAACAAUGGAUUAACAAUAGUCUCCACUUUUCCUUGAAAGAAGUCCAGCAUCCACAUAUCUUCUGUGUUUAAUAAAUACUUAUUUUUUCGGUUUGUAUUUUAUGAAUUUGCCACAUUUUACUUUAUGAAGUCUCAGUACCUCCUUGGACAAACUGAACUCAUCCCAGGCCAGAGUCCUCCGAAAAAUUUUGUGUUCGUCAGCUGAUUUGGCUCCAAGACAUUAACAAUCAAGCCAGUUGACUUUUACCUUUCUCUUAACCAUGCCCCCCCAACUCCUCCUCCAAACUUCCCUGUCACCAGAAUCAAAUGAGAAGAUCCAUUGCACAUGUGGAUUUUGGACUUCUUCCUCUUUUCAGAAAAUGAGAUGUUUCCUCUCCCAGAUAAUCUAAUGUUACAUGCUGCAAAGUGUGGUAAAUGGUCAGAUUUCUGUGUGAUUUCACAUGUGUGCAGUGGGAACUCUCGGGGUCAGGCUCAGCACAAACACUACAAAGUAUUCAAAUGGUUUUAAAAGUACAGCAUAUUUCUGUGUGUUAUGCAGAGUGCUGCUGUGUACUUAUAUCUGUUUCAUGCUGGUCAUGUCCUGCAGAGUAUAUUUUGAAUUGGAGUAGCACACAAGCUUUAAGUCAGAAAAUUCAGGUAUUUUAACUUUUUAUCAUGAUCGGCUGAAUGCUGCACCUUUUUUUAUAUGUACAUAUCUGUGAGCACUCAAGUGCCCAUUGUUGAUCAUGUCAUAAAAAGCUGUUGUGAUACAAGUUGUCUGUACUUGUCCAAAUAAAAAUAAAUAUGCAACUGUUUAAGUUUGUUGCUCUUCAA